AGAUCAUAUCCGAACACCGGUCAGAUAACAACCUCACGUUUCACUCACCAAUCCCUUUUGUCUUUUUGUCUGAAUUUGGAUAUACGUAUAUAUAAUUGUUAUCGGAUAAAUGGAGGAUGAUUUUGAGGUUCCGACUGCCGGGAAAUUCAACGACAGCGACGAAGAAGACGGCAUCGGCGAGGAUAUGGAUGUACCGGAGGGUGCACCAGUCGGUAAAGUUGGAGAGGAGAACGAGAUCGGAAAAGAUGGGUUGAAGAAGAAGAUUCUUAAGGAAGGUGAUGGCUGGGAAACCCCCAUUAAUGGCGAUGAAGUUGAAGUUCAUUAUGUGGGAAGUUUACUUGAUGGAACUCGGUUCGAUUCAAGCUUCGAUCGAGAGAUGCCCUUUAAGUUCAAGCUCGGGCUAGGACAUGUGAUCCAAGGAUGGGAUGAUGGUAUCAAGACUAUGAAAAAAGGCGAAAAAGCCCUUUUCACGAUACCUCCUGGUCUUGCAUACGGUGAAUCUGGAUCACCUCCGACCAUCCCCCCAAAUGCAACACUUCAGUUUGAAAUCGAGUUGAUCUCGUGGACCAAAGUGAAAGAUAUAUGCAAAGAUGGAGGUAUAUUCAAGACGAUACUGACUGAAGGAGAGAACUGGCAGACUCCUAAAGAUCCAGAUGAAGUGAUGGUUAAGUUCGAGGCUCGGCUUGAGGAUGGAGGCUUAGUUUUGAAAGUUGAUGAAGUUGAGUUCACUGUGAAAGAUGGGUGUUUCUGUCCUGCUUUAUCAAUAGCUGUGAAAACAAUGAAGAAGGGUGAAAAGGCCCUCCUUACUGUGAAGCCACAAUAUGCAUUUGGAGAGAAAGGCCGGGAACCAGCAGGUGGCGACGAAUGUGUUGUACCGCCAAACACCACCCUCCAAAUAACGCUCAAGUUGGUUUCAUGGAAGACUGUUUCCGAAGUUACAACUGACAGGAGGGUUCGAAAGAAAAUCUUGAAGGAGGGAGAAGGUUACGAUCAUCCAAACGAUGGUGCAAUUGUUCAAGUGAAACUGGUCGGGAAACUCCAAGAUGGAACCGUGUUCGUGAAUAGAGGAGACGAUGAGGUGCCAUUCGAGUUCAAAAUAGAUGAAGAACAAGUUAUUGAUGGACUUGAUAGAGGUGUAAAGACCAUGAAGAAGGGUGAAGUUGCAUUGCUAACUAUUCAUCCAGAAUAUGCAUUUGGUUCGAUCGAAUCACAUCAGGAAUCCGCUACCAUUCCUGCAAAUUCCACUGUGCAUUACAACGUCGAGUUGAUUUCAUUUGAAAAGGAAAAAGACUCGUGGGAACUAAGUACACCAGAAAAGAUUGAAACUUCUGGGAGAAAGAAAGAAGAAGGGAAUACCCUUUUCAAGAGAAAAAAAUACGAGCGGGCUUCCAAGAGAUACGAGAAGGCUCUUAGUUACAUCGAAUACGAUUCUGCUUUCAGUGACGACGAGAAACAGCAGGCGAAGGUGCUAAAAAUCAGCUGCAAUCUGAACAAUGCUGCCUGCAAACUGAAACUGAGAGACUACAAACAAGCAGUAAAACUUUGCACAAAGGUUUUAGAUGCCGACAGCAAGAAUGUUAAAGCACUUUACAGGAGAGCCCAAGCAUACAUUCAGCUCGUCGAUUUGGAUCUUGCCGAGCUCGAUAUCAAGAAAGCACUCGAGAUCGAUCCUGAUAAUAGGGAUGUGAAGUUGGAGUACAAGCUGUUGAGAGAAAAGGUGAAGGAGUAUAACAAGAAAGAUGCCGAGUUUUAUGGAAAUAUUUUCGCGAAAAUGAACAAACUGGAACACCUUGAUUCUGCAAAUGGAGCAAGAAAGCAGGAGGCAGUUCCUAUGACGAUCGAUAGCAAGGCGUGAUGAUAGAAUCCCGACUGGUUUUCUUGACGGAAAUGCGAUCAAGCUAUGAAUAUGAUUACGCUUCGCUAAGCUUGUUUUGUUAUCGAGAAAGUUGUGGUUUUGUUUCGUAAUAAGAACUCAGCCAAUUUUCUGAUGUUCCAAUAAGUUAUCUAGCGGUCCUUUGUUAUUAAAA